AUGACACUGCUCAGAUGCUAUGUCUUUAACUGUCUCAGAACUGUCCCAUUUAACAUAGCCUCAGAACACUUUGAGAACCAGAUGGUGAUGGUGGAGCUGGAGAAGGGGUCGUCUGCCACAUGCAUGCUGUCACAAGCACCGCUGAAGGUUAUCAGUGAAACGAAACUGAACAAGCCCGGCGUCGCAGUGAUGCCAGAAUUAACCAAAGGCACUGUGACAUCCUUACCACCCAGGGGGGUUGUUCGGUGCGAGGAGCCAAACAGUCGCUUGUACUCUUUCAGAGGGGAGUUACAGUGGCAGGGACAGUGUUAUACACUGGACAGUGAUCACAUGCUGCUCCGGGAAACUGUACUGCGCAACACUGACACUGCAUAUGGCCUUGCAAUUUACACAGGAGCUGACAGUAAGAUUCUCAGGAACAGUGGCAGUUUGAAAAUCAAAAAGACACAAGUGGAGAAGUUUCUUAACAAAGUGGUAGGAAUGAUUGUCCUCACAAUGGUGAUUAUUGCUCUACUCCUGGCUGUGGGAUCUGCACUGUUUGAGCAUUUGGUUUCCCCAAAUAUCGAAGUUCUCUCUGCCAUUGGUGGCAAUUUCCAUGCUGCCUAUUGGGGAUUCCUGAACUUCUGGGGCUAUAUCUUACUACUAAGCCCUGCAAUGCCCAUCUCCCUCUACAUCACGUUUGAACUGAUCCAUGUGUUGCAAUGCUUCCUCAUUGGUUGGGACAUUAUGAUGUACUCGGAAGAGAGCAACAAACCUGCACAGGCCCAAACAAAGACUUUGACUGAAGAACUGGGUCAAGUGGGCCACCUGCUCACUGAUAAGACUGGAACUCUCACACAGAACCACCUUUUGUUUCGUCAGUGCUGCGUCGCUGGCCAGAUUUACGGAGAUUUGGCACCAAAUUCAAUGCCAUUGGACCUGAGCUGGAACAGCUUUUCAUGCGGUGGGUUGCGCUUCUCUGACCAGCGGCUUGUGGAUCGUUUGCGGAGACAGAGAUGUCCUGAAAGCAGAGAAUUCUUCACUGCCUUGGCACUGUGUCACACUGUCGUGUGUGAGUGGAAUGAUGGGUUUCCUCAUUACCAGGCAGCGUCUCCAGAUGAGCAGGCUCUGGUGUGUGCAGCUCGAGAGCUGGGCUGGGUAUUUCUGUCUCGCACACGAGAUUCCCUUAUGGUGAGCGAGCUGGGAAUCACACGUCAGUACAACCUGCUGGCCCUGCUGGAGUUCACCAGCAAGAGAAGGUGUAUGUCAGUGCUGGUGAGAACACCAGAGGGAGCAAUAAAACUCUACUGUAAAGGUGCAGAUGCUGUCAUUCUGGCACGUUCACAUGAAGGCACUCUGCAUGAAGACAGCAUAAAGCAUUCACUUGAGGUUUUUGCUCAGAGCUGUCUGCGGACAUUUUGUGUUGCUGUGCGGCUUGUAAGUGAGGCUCAAUGGACGGAGUGGAGCAGUAUUCUCCAACAGGGUGCCAUGGCAACAACAUGGCAAGACAGUAUAUUGGAGGACCUGCAUGACCUAAUGGAAAGAGAACUGAUGAUCCUAGGGGUUGCAGCUAUUGAGGACCGUCUACAAGAAGGAGUCCCAGAGACCAUUUCUAGCCUCCGGCGGGCAGGGGUGAAAGUGUGGGUGCUGACUGGAGAUAAGACUGAAACAGCGGUGAAUGUGGGAUAUGCCUGCAAGUUGGUGGAUGCAGAUACAAAAAUUUUUCAAGGGCAGGAGCUCAGAGAUAUUCUUUAUUCUCCCAGCCUAGAAUUAUGUUGUAAUAAGGGUAAAGUGUCCUUUGUUUGGAGCACACACCCAAAGCCUCCGUGGAGUAAAGCUGCCAUUGUUGUUGAUGGAUUUGAACUUGAAGAACUGAUCAAGACACCAGAGUUGGGUGCAAAGUUUGUGUCUUUGUGCAACCAGUGCCAAUCAGUGCUGUGUUGUCGUGUCACCCCGGGGCAGAAAGCAGAAAUUGUAGAGCUGGUGAAGAAGUUUGCUUCCUCCAUCACAAUGGCGAUAGGAGAUGGUGCCAAUGAUGUGAAUAUGAUUAAAAUGGCACAUAUAGGGGUUGGUAUACACGGUGUAGAAGAUGGUCAGGCAGUACAGAAUGCAGACUAUUCACUAGCACAGUUUCGCUUCUUGAGCAGACUGCUGCUGGUCCAUGGCCAGUGGUCUUACCACCGCAUCUGCAGCUUUUUGAGUUACUUCCUGUAUAAAACCACUUCCUUUGCCCUGGUAAACAUCUGGUUCAGCUUUUUCAAUGGCUUCAGUGCACAGCUUAUGUAUGAGAGCUGGUUUAUUUCCCUCUACUCCAUCUUGUACACAUCGCUACCUGUUCAGUGCUUGGGUUUAUUUGAACAGAACAUAAGCGCUGAGAGCUGUCUUCGCUGGCCAGAGCUCUAUACGGCUGGACAGAGGCAGGAGCUUUUCAACCCCCUCACCAUAUGCGUGACAAUGCUUUACUCCAUUUACACCUCCGUCAUCCUCUUCUUCUUGCCCUUUGGGGUUUUUCAGGACUCAGACACAGACUAUCAGACGUUGGCUGUUACUGUGGAAAUGUCAGCUGUUUUCUUAGUUACGGUGGAGAUCAUUCUACGCACUCAAUACUGGACCAAGUACAAUUUUGCUGCAGUCUUUGUCAGUCUGGUUCUGUUUUUCCUGUCCACCAUUGUCCUUCAUAGCCCUCGUCUGUUUACAGGGUCUCCCAAAGACUACAGUUUCUUUGGAGCUUCAUUAAAUGCCUUCACACUUCCUGUUGUAUGGUUGACGUCACUCCUAACCAGCUGCACCGCUGUCUUGCCCUCGAUUACAAGACAAGCUCUGAAUGUGAUCAUGGUAAACCCCAACAAACACAAGGUUCAUUCAGUAAAGGAGCCAGUUGAGCUACAAUCAUGGAUCAGGAACAACUCUCCUCAACAUGUGUCGUAACCAAAGUCCUUGAGGCCCUAAGGAGCCUUCUCUGGAUGAGACAGGAAGGAUAAACAUAUGAGGAAACUAAAAAUACUGUAUGUACUGUAAAAAUACCCUCCAGGAAUAUUAGCAUGAUAUUAUCUAAGGCAGGAGUGAAUAGAUUUAUGUCAGCUUAUUUGAAGGUACAGUAUAUCAUCGGCUUUUAAAACAUACUUCUAAAUUAUUCAGAACGGCAUCAUUUUCUUCUUGAGAAGUUUUCUUCAUCGUGCUAUACAAUCUUAUACACGAUCAGCAGAGUUCUGUCACAUGGACAACAUUUGAAUAUCAAACAUUCGCAUGACUGUAUGUCCUUUUUUCUUUCUUUUCCUUUUUUAUUUUCCUUUUUAUUUUUUACAUUUUACUCUGCAUGAAAAAAUGUGUAAUAUGUAUCUGACCCAGCAGCCCUGAUCAUAACUGCUCAUAAAGCAAAUGAUAUUUCUUUUAACUUUUUUUUUUUUUAAU